CGAGUCUUACUUGAUGUUAGGCAACACUUUAAUUAAUAAAAGUUUAAGUAUUUAUCAGGUAUUUAUAGCUCGAGUCAGGUAUGCAAAGUCCGUAUAAAUCUACAAAUCGAUAGGUUAACAAUUAAGUUACAACAAGUGUAUAGUGAUAGGACCCAAAACUACAUGCCGCUACAUCGCAUUUCGAGUAGUGAACUUUUUCAAUAAGAUUUUGAUGAAGAAGCACAAGAAUUGAUUCAACUUGGAGAUUGCAAGUUUUAUAUAUUCAUCGUGGGAAAUCUAACCUCCAUGCGAGGAAAUAAGCUGUUAUAUUUUUGUUGAUUCAAAACAAACGCGAGGAUGACGAGUUUUUUGUUGCGAUCGCUUGUUUUUCUUCCUAGAUGCUCAAGAAUUGUUCCGGCCCAGAAUCGCAGUAUAAGCACGAGUCUCCGAUUAUUUAAAGAAUUUAAUACACCAAAGAAAGUUGAAUUAGUGAGAAAAAAAUCACCAAUCACAUGGAAAUCUGUUGGUGUCACUUGCGUCAUAGGUAGUGGACUCUUGGCCUUUAUGUACUAUUUAAGGGACCAAAAGGACUUAAAAAUUGCCAGAGAACGCAAGAGACAUAUUGGAAAAGCGGCCAUUGGGGGUAAAUUUGAGCUGGUCGAUCCCAAUGGUAAUCUGGUAAAGUCUGAUGAUUUUCUUGGCCAGUGGGUGAUGAUAUAUUUUGGUUUCACUCAUUGUCCGGAUGUUUGUCCCGAUGAACUAGAAAAGUUAGCACUUGUUAUUGACAAACUUGAGGAUGAGCAUCAACUUAAGGUUCAGCCAUUAUUUAUUACAGUAGAUCCAGCUAGGGAUAGUCCUUCUGUCGUUGGAAAAUACAUUAAAGAAUUCUCCAACAAAAUAAUUGGAUUGUCUGGCUCAGUAGAUCAAAUUGCUAAAGCAUGCAAAGCUUAUAGAGUAUACUUCAGUAAUGGCCCUCCUGAUCAAGACAAUGAUUAUAUUGUGGAUCAUACAAUUAUAAUAUAUCUUAUUGACCCAGAUGGAGCUUUCGUUGAUUACUUUGGUCAGACACAUAACGCUGAGAGUAUUGUUAAUAGUGUUUUGAUGAGCAAAUUAAAGUAUGACAGAUUAAACGAUGACUCGAGUUGGUUGGAGUCUACUUUUAAAAGAAAGAUAUUACCAAAUGCGGCGUCAUGAAUGUAUGAACCGGUUUAAUUUAUUUUAAGUAAAGAAAUUUAGUGAAUAAGAGGUAUUCAUUUGUACAUAUUUAUGAAGAAAUUUAUAACGGUAAAAAAAUUAUAAAUGCUUUA